ACAAAGUCCGCAAAGUCCGAAGCACGUCCUCCAGAAAGUUCAUACCACAAUCCAUGCGACGUGAACAAUCGACACUCAAUCAUUACACCCUUUCUCUCGCAUUCUAUAUCAGCCUGUCAGGAAUUGCCGCUGUGCACUGACCGAAAUCAUAUAUUACCGGUCUUGGACGGAUAAACCACUCAUCACGCAGACGACAACAGACCACUCGAUCACCUCUCCCGACCUCAUACCCUGGACACACCUGCCGCCGCCAUGUUCACCAGACUCACCCGCCUAUUCAACAAAAUCCCCGCCGAAGCCCGCCUCUGCGGCAAAGGCGCCUUCAUCGGCUGCAGCACGUGGAUCGUGCUAAACGACCACGUCCUCGAACCCAUAACCGUCGAAGGCGUCUCCAUGUCACCGACCCUCUCCCCUACAUACCACGAAACCGGCGCAAAAGACACCCUCCUCAUGAACAAAUGGUCACCGCUCAAAGACCUGCAAAGAGGAGAUGUGGUAAUGUUGGACCUACCGCAUAAGCCUGAAAAGCUGGGGAUUAAGAGGGUUGUGGCGUUGGAGGGGGAUUGGGUUACGUUGGAUUAUAGGAGGAGGGAUAGAGGGGGCAAGGAGGGGAGUACGGCGGAGGGAAUGAUUUGGGAGGGUGUUGGGGAGAAGAAGGAGUUUGGGGUGGGUAAGAAGAGGUGGAAGGUUCCGUAUGGGCAUGUGUGGGUUGAAGGCGAUAACGUGAAUCAGAGUAAGGAUAGUAAUUCCUACGGUCCGAUCUCAAAGUCUUUGAUUGUGGGCAAGGCGAUAUUUCAACUACGCCCCUUCAGCAAAUUUGGUGAAAAGCCAUGGGAGGGAUACAACAUCAAGACCAAAGUCGAGAAAGAUACCAACUUCGAACGCGAAGGAUGGGAAGAUUUGUUCUACUGAACACGAUAUGAAGAACUCAAUCGACGUAAGCUGACGUCCCUCCCUACAUCCUGAAGACAGCCUCAAUCUCCUUGCACACUGCUUCCGUCACUUCUUUGGUGUUGCUGCUUCCUGCCAAGUCCUUCGUUUUGACACCAGCUUUAGUUACAUUCUCAAUCGCUUGCAUCAGUUUGUCAGCGGUACCAUCCAAUCUUCCUUGACCGAGCCACCUGACCAUCUCGGCCGCACUCCAGAAGGCGCCAACGGGAUUAGCAACACCCUUACCAGCAAUGUCCG